UAAAGGCGUGUCCAAACAUAGCGCGGCAAUCGUGAGCGGCAUGCCGCGCGCGAUUUCCGCGCUGUGUUUGGACGGCCGCCGCGCACGAAUGCCGCGUGUUGCUGCCGCGCGCGAACGAGGUUGCCGCGCGCGUAGUGUUCGUUCGUCAGUGAAGGUGUGUGGACGUAAACGAUGGAUAACGAAACGGCAAUUCGACUUAUUGAAAUAUAUGGUUCAUUUAAUGCAUUAUGGGACACCAGGCGCAAAGAAUAUCAUAACAAUAAUUUAAGAGAAGACAUGUGGGAUGAAAUCGCAAAAAAUUUCGAGCAACCGAAAGCAGUUCUAAAAACCAAAAUGAAAAGUCUUUUAAGCUCAUACAGAAGGGAGAGAAACAGAGAAAAAACGAGUAACAUUACUGGUUCGGAUAGAAACAAGGCCUACAAGUCUAAAUGGUUUGCCUACGAAUCUUUCCACUUUUUGCAUGAUAGGGGUAAUCCUAUUGACACAGUGGAUUGUGGCUCAUCGUCGCAGUCACAUAAUACAGAACAAGGAGCUACAGAACAAGGCGCUACAGAACAAGGCGCUACAGAACAAAGCGCUACAGAACAAGGCACUUCAGAACUAAAUACGACUAACAUGAAUACUGCAUCUACGAUUCCAACUAAAAGGAAGCCAACAAAGAGAACACACGAAGAUCCGGAGUAUGAUGCCGAGAAUAAAAUGUUAGAAGAUGCAUUGGAAGAAAUGCGAAAACAAAGCGAUAACAGCAACGAUUUAUACGUUGCUUUUGGCAUGCACGUAGCGGCAGAGUUGAGAAAAUACGAUCCCAUAACCUUAGCAAGAGUAAAACAUUCCAUAAAUACUAUAAUAUUUGACGCUGAUAUGGCAUGUAUAAACCAACUCAAUCAGUCUACAAUUCAAGAAAACGAUGAAAGAAGACCAGGUUAUUUUACUACACAUUAUACCGAUAUCUCCAAUACGGCAUCCUCUAGUGACUCUAGUAUGGGAUCCGGACUUACACAAUUGAUUAACGAUUUGAAUACUGAGAAUAGUUUAUAAUUAAAUAGUGAUUGUUUCAUUUUUAUUGUCUGCACAUUAAACAUGCACAUAUUUAUGAUUGAUUAAAAACUUAAUAAAAAUAAUGUAAGUAAUAAAGUUGUUCUUUUUUACCUUUAUCACAUCCUUCAGAGCUUUCACUAGGGCAUCGCACACCUCUGGGACUAUUUUUGAGAUUGUUUGCUUUGACACGUGAAAUAUAUAUUGUAGACUAGUAUAUGAGUCUCCUGUGGCCAAAUAUCGCAAAGUUAUUGCGAGUCUCUCUUUCGUCGUUAUUGCUACACGCCAGUGUGUAUCAGUUUUUUUAAUAAAUGGUUCCACCAGUGUAUGUAUAUGUUCAAAUUCUUCCAAGGUCAAUCUUAAAAACUGUGUUGUUCGAUAGUGGAUUUCAUAAUUAAUCACUUUCAAAUUCUUUACCCUC